AUGAAUGCUGACGAAAGAAUGAAGAACUAUCACUGGUCAGAGUGUAAUAUUUCUGAAUGGGCUAAAAAUAAAAUAACUGAAGAACUUAACAAAAGAGGGUAUAAAAUAAUACAUUUAGACAUUUUUGUUAAAAUAUGCUCUAGAAUGAAUACACUUGGUCUAGUAUACAUUAUAAGCCUGGAUACAAUGAAAGAUAAUAUUUCAUACGUGUUGACUAACUUCACUUCUACACACAAAGAAAGUGAAGGGUUAGAAGGGUAUCCGUGGUUUAUAGAUUUUUUUAAAGAGCUAGAAGGACAGGCUCUAUUAUUAUUUAGUAAAAAUGUACUAGAUUUAGAGAAUAAAGAAAGAAAAAGUGUUGAUGUACCUAAGGUGACGGCCAGUAUUAAAAAAGAAGAAGAAUUUUAUUAUACUUCUAUUAUAAACUGUCCAGUUGAUGAAUUUGUAAGCUUUUUAGUAGAUCCUUCUCUUGUACAGAUGUGGAUGAAGGGAAAAGUAAAAGAAAAAGAAUAUAUUUUAGAAAAUUUAAUAUUUAAAAUUACAAAUAUUGAAAAAGAUAAAAUUUUUAUUGAUUUUAAAUUAAAAAAAUGGGAUAAAUUUACUAACGUAGAGGUAUUAAUAAGUGACAUUAGAGGUAAUACAAAGAUAUCAUUAAGACAAAAAAAUGUACCUAUAAAGGAUAUUGGUGUUAUGACUGGAAUAUGGAAAGAUAAUAUUUUUAGGCCUAUUUGUAUGACAUUUGGAUUUUGUGAAAGGCCUUAUUCAGAUGAAUAA